CUAAUCUGAAGAGGUGGUUACGAUAUGUAAGGAAAUGAACUGUGACUGAAAUAAAAAAAUUUGACGUACGCUAAUACUAAGUAAGAGUUUUCGAAGAUUAAAGUUAAUGCUGUACAAAUGUAUUUAUAGAAGCCCUAAUUUUUACUUUCCAAUGAAAUACAUCUUAUUAUUGGUCAAGAACUGAAGAAGCGGCAUAUUUGUGGGUAGUAAAUAGCCUUUCGUUGUUAUUCAACUCAUUCAGUUAUUGUGAUAACAUUAACAAACGCAUCGAAAAGUUCAAUUACGUCAAACUAAAAUAAGCAACACUUAUUGCAACUUCAGUUUUAUGCCUUAAAACUAGAAGUUAAAAUUUUAGUUAAGCCUACUUAUCUAGUCAGUAGUAUUGUACUACUACUACUAGUACUUGUACUAGCCAAGUAUUACAAAGUACAGUUUGAUAAAUUGUUAGUGUCAGUUACUGAGUUAGACUGAGAAGUAAAAGAAGUUAGAACUUAAGUUAGCUACUUAGAGGCAAAAAGAGACCAUCUUACUUUACUAGUUUUACUCAUACUCUUAGUCUUACUUUGUCAAAUUAUUUGUCAAGGAGUUGAAUUUGGAGCAUAUUGGCACAAGGUUUUCAGCACUGAAUACAUAUUUACCUAGUAUUAUUGAAGUCUGUAUGCUGGCUGGGAGUGAAGACGAAAAUUAUUAACGUUUUGAUCUGCCAGUUUUUGGAGGUUUAUAUACAGAAAGAUAAUAUGGCAGGUAGUCGAAGUCAUUCAUUUAAAGUGGUAUUGCUGGGAGAAGGAUGUGUUGGCAAAACAUCACUAGUUUUGCGUUAUGUGGAAAACAAGUUCAAUGACAAACAUUUCAGUACACUUCAGGCAUCAUUCCUGAAUAAAAAAUUGAACAUUGCAGGGAAGCGAGUUAGUCUGGCUAUUUGGGAUACAGCUGGUCAAGAGAGAUUUCAUGCCCUUGGUCCUAUUUACUAUAGAGAUAGUAAUGGUGCAAUUUUAGUGUAUGAUGUAACAGAUGAAGAUUCAUUCCAAAAGGUGAAAACAUGGGUAAAAGAGCUUCGUAAGAUGUUGGGAAAUGAUGUGUGUCUUUGUAUUGCUGGUAAUAAAAUAGAUCUUGAAAAAGACAGGGCAGUUUCUUUGGAGGAAGCAGAUUCAUAUGCUACUUCAGUUGGAGCUAAGCAUUUUCUGACAUCUGCAAAGCUGAACAGAGGUAUUGAAGAAUUAUUUGUUGAUCUAGCCAAAAGGAUGAUAGAGAUUGCUGAGAGCAGUGAUGAACAUCGAGUCAACAGUUUGGGCCGUGGUAGCAAUCCAAGAAGAAAUGUUGUAAUUGUAGACGAUGAGCCUCAGCAACAAAAGACGGGAUGCUGUGGAGGAUAAAAACAGUUUUUUUUUGGAAUAAUCAGAUAUUUCCUGCAAUGUCUUAUAUAUUUUCUAAUUUGUAUUAUAAGAAAAGUGCAGAGAAGGUUUAAGUAUUAACCUUGUUGAUUCUGGUCAACAUUUAGAAUCUGAAGUAGGUAUUAAAGUCUAAAGUAUUUAUGUAUGAGAUUUCAAAAUCUUAUAAAUGGUUUAAUUUAGGCUGAGUAAAUUAUCUUGUUCACAGUGAAAUUGUAUUGGAUAAUUUUAUUAAACAAACCACUAAUUUUUAUGAUUCAGGUUUAAUGAAUAAUUUACAGAGUCUACCAAAAAUGAUGCAUUACGAAACUUAUAUUGGAUUCCCAAAUUACUAGUUUUGUGAAUGAAACUAGAAAUUGUGUAAUUAAUGGUAUAUCUAGUGAAAUAUUUUUAAAUGAGUCAUACAUAUCAGGCACUCUCACUACCAGCAACAGAAAGCAUUCAUUGUAUUUGUGUGUAUACAUCAUGCUUUCUCUGUUUCUCUGUAAAUUCAUGUGUCAUACUCAAAACAGAAAUAUUUUCAGUUCUCAGUUUCUGAAAUGCUGAAGAAAGCUACUUUAUCUUUAGACCUUCAGAAAUUUGCACUAUUAUCUUCAGCUUAUUCAAAAACUCAUUCAUAUAAUGUGUUGGAAAGGCGUGUACAAACACAGUUUUAUUGGUUUCAAAUUAAAUGUUUAUACCAAUGUAAAGUAAAUGUUGACUCUAUUUUAUAUUUAACCUGAAGAAUUUUAUAUUUGAAACACAGUUAUGUUUCUUGAAACUUGCCAGCUAUAUCUGCUGUUAAAUAAGGCCAAAAUAUGUUUUUCUUCAUCCUAAACUUAAAAGGAAUUAUGCUUUUAACCAAGGGAGCAUUGAAGCUUUUGUACAACUAAUUUCAAAACUUAGGCUAGUGUGUAUUUUAAGAUUUUAUAUGUCAGUGUUUGUGUGUUUAAUAAAUAAUUUCUUUUAUCAUAAUUUUUCUAGAUAACAUUAUAAGAACAGACGUAAUUGUUUUCCCACUAGGAGUUUACCUAAUAUAAGUGAAAUCAUGUGCGAAUUGGUAAGCAAAAACUUGUGAAAAAAGUUUGCUGAAUUAAGCAUUUUUAUUUCUUUCAAGGAUUCCUUGCAGGAUAUGUAAAGCUUCUGGAUAAACAGAAGUUAAGUAUAGGUUAUCCUUUAUUUACGUCUUUGUUCAAUUAAUGGUUUAUUUUUAUCUUUAUAGAACUAUGGUGAAAUUAAAAGAAAUUAUUUGGCAGUUAAAUAAGGCCAAAAUAUGUUUUUCUUCAUCCUAAACUUAAAAGGAAUUAUGCUUUUAACCAAGGGAGCAUUGAAGCAUUGUGUGUGUGUAACAAUAACUUGUUAACACACAUUGUACAUCAGCCUUUCCAAAAUUACAUUAUACUAUAAUAUAAACUUUUUUUUUUCAAAGUGUUUAAGUGUCUGUUAUUUAGUACCUUGUUAUUUACCAUUAAUGGAAAUUCCCACAUUAAUUUUAAUUCUGAUGAUAUUUGUUUCAUUUUUCCUUUUCCUUCCUUCAUUUCAGAGCAGCAGCAAGAAGUUGUGUGUGUUUGUGUAAAGUUUGUGAACUGAUAUCAGUUACAACAGUCUUGUACAUCAAGAGUCAUUAGUAUUUUUAAUUAAGUAUUACAGCCUUUAGUAACCAGGCCAUUGCACUUUGUAUAUCAGCUUUUUAUGUAUAGUUAAGGUAACUUGUAUACAGUAUAUUUGCUUAAAUUAAUAUGUUCAAAACAUUUCAUGUAAAAAAAGUAAAUAAAUUUAUUGGGAUAAUAUAUAGAUAUUAAA